GGUUAAUAAACAAAAGGGUGAAACCCUUUGGUCUAGUCUAACUGCUAUAUAAUUAAUAUGUACAUUAAUAUUAAACUAUAUAAUAUACUAACAUCAAUAAUACUUAAAUUUACUGUGUCUAAUUAGCAGAAUAUAAAACCAACAACUAAAUAACUUAGGUAUCCAUAGAUAACCUAUAACUUGAAAUGCAAUAAUUCAAGUAAUCAUGGUGAAUAAAGAAUAAUAUAGUUUUCUCCGGCAAUGUAGAGUGCAUACUGCUAACCACAUGAUUUUUAAUCAGUCUUUCAAUCUCUCGCAUUUAACUGCUUGCAAUUUAACUGAAACCAACUUAAAACUAUCAGAUUAAAAAGUACGUUUUAAAUUUUUUACUCAAAGACAAUUAAAAUAAAUAGUUUUGAGAUAUUUAUAUAAAAAUGUUAAGGAAAUAAUAAAAAAGAGUCAACUUACCAGGGGAUUAGAGAUUUUUUUGGCCUUGCAAAUACUGCAUAAAUUAUCUUCUUUCUAUCAGAGAUGUUUCUCAAAACUAAUAAAUUUUUGGCUCAUUAAUGCCACAAUGGUACUGAAUAUAAAAACUGGGCUCUUUUAUUUUGUCAUCUGUAAAAUAGGAUUUAAAACAUUUAUAUUACGUAAAGUACAUUGCAGAAAAUCUAAAAUCACUUUCAUUUUUUAUAUCACACUGUCCAUUCACUUUAACACCCUCUUAAAUUUACUUCUGCAGUUUUGAAAGUAGCCUACUUUCUGAAUGGCAGGAACCUUCUUGCAAGAAUAAAUGUGUAGUAAUGAUAGUACAGCAUUUUAAAUUUUACUUACCUCGUUUAUCCUGAUCAAUAAAAUACACUAAUAUAUAUACUAAAAAAGUAGAAUUACACAGAACUCUCAAAUAUCCUCAUGUCUGGGGUCACUAUAAGUGGUUACCUUAGCUACUCCGGACAUUCUUUUCUACUGAGUAAGAUAAGCAAUGCAGCACGUGUUCUUUAACAUAUUUUUAAAAAAUAUUCCAUGACAUAAAAUCACUGCUUUAAAAAUAAUUAUAAACUGCACCAUUAUUACUUUUCUAAGCAGGAAGAUAGAUAAAAUUGUAUUUGUUUGUACGAGGGUCAUUAUUUGCUCAUGUUACAUUAAACCAUUACAUUUUACGUUAUCCAAAUUGUACUAACAUGGAUUGAAAAAAAUUGUCAUGGUUGUAUUGAUAGAUAAGAUGCUACGGGUGGAUGAAUGUACCCUCUGUGGAUGCUCUGCUCGUGCUGUGUACUGCAGAGUGGAGCUUAUUUUUGAUUAAAAAGAAAUGACAUGCAAUGGGCCAAUUUUAGCAGGAUAUUGAAUGAAAAUACCUAGGUAUAAUAAUUACAAUCCAAUAAAAGAACUCAAAAUUGGUUAAUUCUUCAAAAGCCUUUAAAUUUCAAGUUCACCAUUUUUUACAAUGAUGCAUUAGAUGCUGCCAUUUGACUGCAAAUUGCAUCAUGGUUUCACAAUUGUGCAAUUAAGUAUCGCCAUCAGCUAGCUACAAAUAACAUUCUGGCAUCUAUUCCCUUGUGAAAACCUAUCACUGUUUGUAAGUUUGGAGUCUGUAUGAUAAAAUAAAUGUGUAUGGAAUCAUUUCACUACUUUAAAUUACUGUUAGCACUGAAAACAAUUAAAUUACCUGAACUUGUUGCUCUUUGUUUUUGGCAAGAAUUGAAACUGCUUUUUUGAUGAUCACAAUGCUCAAAAUUUCAGCUUUGCACAGAACACAUAUGACUUGUAGCACAGUUAAUUGCUGAAAAUUGUUUGUAAGUUGGAAUUGUGUAACUUCUUAAGGUUAAAUGGAUUUUCAGUAAUUAUUGCGAGUGUGUCAUCGUAACAUUUAUCGGUUCCCAGAUCCUUAUAUAUUUUGGGACAAAACUAAAAUUCUUCGGGUUUUAAUGCUGUGCGGUUGUUAAUGUUAUUAUCCACAGUGGAAAAAAUAAAUAAAAUUAUGUUUAACCUGGGAGAGAAAUCUCUAAUAACUUACAUACUCCUUGAUCAUCAUUAUAUACAAUAAUGGAAUUAAUUAAUGCACUUGUGUUGUCUUCUAUGUAAAGAUGCUUUGUGUGCAAACAAACUGUUGACCAUUUAUUUCUAGCAGUUGUCUUCAUAUACUGUUGCCCAAUAUCUGUAAAUCGAAACUACUAAUGUAGAAACACUGUUUACAAAUAUUUAAUUCACUAAAAGGAAUAUAAAUGUGUUACAAUUCAAUUUAGUGUGAUAAAUAUUUCAUCUGUAACUGAGUGAUUUGUGGGUAGUAUUUUAUGUUCAUUUCUCAAGUACUUUGUUAUAUUUAAGUUACUGGAGUAAAUGCCAUAGGUUUGUGCUAUGUAAAACCUGUAUCACAGCUAUAGUUAGUGUCUUUUUAUUUUAUUCACUGAAUCAACAAAGAAGUAAUGAAAGAACAUUAAGUCUUGAAUAAGUUGUAAUAAAUUGGUUAACCUAGUCACGAUUCAAAUAGUUAUUCGAAAUAACCAGUACAGUAUCACAUUUUUAUUUCAGUUUAUGUAAUUACUAUAAUAUUAAUACUAAGCUCAUUCCCUGAGUGGUUCCAAGCGCAGUUCACCUGGUGGUGGAACACCACCCCCAGGCAAUGUGGGGUUGGUAGGGAGCCGUUGCAGGCAGGGUAGUGCCAUGAGAAGCUGCACAGCUUAACGCCCAGCAUGAAGAUCUUACGGUUGGCGAAGUGGGGCCUGCGCCAACCUACCCACGGGCUCCAGCGCGGGGUUUCUACUUCCAUUGGGCCGUAUACAUCUUGGUUCAACGCCUCCUACAGUACAGAGAACUCGGCCGGCACGUGGCGGCGUACUACUCAGGUUUCACCCCGCCAUGCUGCAGGGAUAGGCGGGUCGCGCCGAUUGUAACAGGCCUGCGCAUGUCGCCGCACACGGCUUGAGGCAGACGACAACACAGCGGGGUUCGAGGUUAUUGUUGAGCACCACGCCACGGGACAACCUCGCAAGGAAAUGGCUUUCUCACAAACAUGUGGAUCACUAACCUGAGCGAGGUUGGCAUUCCACCCCGGAAGUCACCUCAGCAUAGGAGGGGGCAGCGGCCAGCGGUGCGGUGGACCCUGCAACAGCAGAGUUGCCAGCAUGCAGGGCAGCAAAAUCUCCCGUCCUCCACACGGCUCAGCGGCCUUCACAGCCAAGGGAGAACCAUUCAAGCUGUGUACCUGGCGGGGCAUGCGGGGGCAGAGUACCAGUACCCAGGACCCAACAUCAACGGCCUAGCAGCCUACUAGCCUGGCGCCCCUCCGGACAACAAGAGCAUCGCGACGCCUGUAGCACCUGUCAGGUACCCCCCGGGCCUUUGACAGAGGUCGGGUGAGACAAAACACACACACGAGAACACCACAGUUACAUUUCGUACCUUCUUUAAAUUAUUUGAUUUCCUCUAAUACUUGCUUCGGUGGUGUACUCUGUUACACCUAAUAACUGACUGACGCCGCCGUCGGUGCUACCUCAGAGAGAACAGGCCGUUAUGUGUCCUCAACACCUGAUCAGUGCUGCGCCACGAACACGCCCGCGCGUGUAACGUAGUGCGGUGCCCCGAAUGGCGUGACAUCAGUCACGGCCUCCUACGUGUGCGAGGCGCCCGGCCGGGUGUGGCAUCAAGCAACUAGGUAGUCUGUGUACAUGCAUUCGAUAAAACAAACAAAAACUAAAAUGUUUCAGACAUCCGAUAAUUAUUGUUAAUUAAUUCAUCAUAUUGUAAACUAAUAUCGUUCACAAAACUGGCCGGAAUCAUCUUCCCGCGCUCCGCAGUUUCCCCGCGGAUUUUUCCCCCUCCCUGGCCUGGUUGCCAGGGAGAAUAGUCAGUAGCUCUCCAGCACUCACGAGGGCCGGCAGCCCCGCGCACGGGAAGCACCCAACUUUCGCGCCAAUACCCACAUUUAUCAUCAAUAGGUAACUAUCUUCGAAUCCUCUUCCUUCAGCUACCCGGUCGGCCCUAACUGGCCACACGAUAUCUCGUGCGAUCUUUUGUACGUAAUUUUAAUUAACGUGGUCCUCGCAACCGCGCGGACUAGCCGCCUUUGUUGGACCACCUGAGUGGGACAAUUGAACUUCACCCCGAACCCGGGACUAGCCCUUAGUGACUGUAGUGUAAUGUUUCUUUGUUCAGUGUCCUUGCAUAUCUAGCCGUUAGUGUAACCCCGUGUAACGUGCCGCACAAGCAACCGCGUGUGCAGGAACGGACUUGCCGCUCACGUGAUCCAAGUUCUUUUAAAUCAUUUCAAUUAACGUAAUUUCAGAACAGGCAGCGGGGACGGCAUCAUGACUUUUUUCGAAUCAAUAAUACAACCACGAAUUGAAUAGUGUAAUUCCAAUACGUACAAUAAAGAUGCAGCUUGUUUUUAGACUUAUUUAAUUUGAAAGCAAGGAUUUCGUUAACCGAAAUGGCCAAUAGAUAUUUCUUUUGUUAUUGUUUUUAUUAUAUAAUCAAUUCUUUUCAUAUCAUACGACACAUUACAAUGUUAUUUCGUUCACUUAGUUAGUUAAACUUGCAUGUGCACAUCGUACACUUCUAAUAUUGGACAAUAACUGUUAAGUCGUUUAUUUCUAACUGUACUGUAGUUAUUUAAUGGUUUCUUCUCCAAAAGGGGUGUCCUUAUUGCCGUUUUAGACCUCAAAUUCGAAGACUGGUGAUAAAAAAAAAUAUUUAGGCAUUACAAUCUACACGGGACAUUACUUUCAUGUUGAAAUAUGGCUAAAAUGUUGCCACGCAACGUUGGACAACCCCUGACACGCCAAGCCUUACUUUUACAUAGAAGUUAGCUCGUGCAUUCUUGGGGCUUUGCAUCAGGGAUACCAUUCGAAUAAAAUAGUCUGCUGUAAGUUAAUGAAAUUUAAUACGUUACUAUAUACAAUAAUGAAUCCUUGGCAAAGAAUAACCCAACAAUUUGUGUUAAUUGUAAUCAAAAAAUGUACUACUUGAAUGAUGAAAAUAAUUUUUCCCGAUAGAACUUUUUCUGUCUUACAUUCAAUAUUUACAAAGCAAAAUUUACACAUCCACACAAAUGCUCAUUCUUUGGUACAUCCGGAUGGUAAUUACCGCAUACUGGUGUUUCUUCUUUCGUUUUCCUUGCGAGAACAAAGGUUGUGUACGAAACGGAAGGAAAUGUAAGUAAUCAUUUAAUAUUUCUGUAAUUGUGCUUCCAUGUGUAAUGAGAAACGAUGAGUAUCGGCCGUAGAAAUGCGCAGGGCGUUUGCUCCAUUUCAUUCGCCAAGUUGCUGCAUACUCGGUACAAAGAUAUUGCAGAAAUUGAUAGGCUGCGAUGUGAGAAACAUGGCAUUUUUGGCGAAUUGGCACAAACAUUUCUCAGAAGUAAUUGCAAAAAGAAUAGGUUGUUAUUUAUGCAAAAAUGGCGGCAAAAUGUUGGUAAUGUCAGGACAUAUUUCAAAGAUCUCUGUAAGUCAGAUGUUUCACCUAUGUUAAAUAACACUCAUAAAAUGGCAAGUUCUAUUGUGAAACACGCGGCGUGUGUCUCGGAAGUUAAUCAAGCUAAUACUUCCGUGAAUUCUUUGUGGGCAUUGGUGUGUAGCGAUAUUGGUGUUUUUAACAACAGAAAAAAUAGGUUAAGACUGUAUGAGGGUUGGAAAAGAAACAGAAACAACAUUUGUGAACUGGUUGAGACAAUUUUCACUAACUCUAUUGUUAUGUCCAAUGUAGGUAGUCACCAUUUGCCAGACUAUGUAGCUUCACCUGAAAAUCUUGAAAAACCAGCCCAAAAAAAAUUGCACAUUUCUUCAACAGCUGUGCAAGGUGGUACAUCUAAUAGCAACACGGUUAAACAUCUCGAAGGAGUCACAGUAAGUGCAGGAACAGGAAAUAGCAAUGCAAAUUUGGUGGAUAUAGGAAGUUCAGAAAUCUAUAACAUGGUAUGUUUCUCUUCCAAUGAUAUGUUGGACCAUUUGCAAUGCACUUCAGAGAAAAAUGAUAGUUUGUGCGGUACUGAACGUUGCAAAGUCAUAAAUAAUAAUGAAUAUUUCCUAGAUGGUUCAUUGGCAGUUCGUGUAGAUCGCUCAGUAGUCACUGACAAGUUGGAUAAAUUGCACAUCAAUUUCCCAGAUUCAAUACCGAUUUACAUAGAGCAAUCCGUGCAGUAUGAUACUUCAGAUUUUGCAGAUAAUGUUCCUAAUGAAAAUUGUAACGUACAACAAAGGUGUCAUACCCCUGACCUCAAAAAACCAGAGCAUACCACUGCACUUGAAAAUAGUGUGAACGGUGUCCCAAACAUAUUACAAAGUACUGAUAUUGUCGGAAAGCCUGUGUAUCGAUCAAAAACCUUAGAUUUAUAUCCGGUUGCUUAUGGUAGUUGCACUAUAGUCAAUUCAGAGUUGCCUACUCUUUCCUCAAAUGCUCGGCUAUCACGUUUUGAUAAAGAUAAAAUACACUGUUCUUUAAAAGCUGCCCUAAUGGAAAAGUUAAAUAUAAUUUGUGUGUAUAAGUUUUGUUGCUUUCAAAUUCGUUCUAAGGGAAAUGCAGUUGACUAUGCAUCUUGUAAAGAUAAAAAUUGUAAUAAUAUGUAUAGGAUUGACAUGUCGAAUCCAACACCAGGUACGUACGUUAUACAUGUUAGGGCUAGGAAUGUGCAGGGAGACAACCAUGAUAGGAAGACGUGGGAUGUAAGAGGUUGGCAACGUCAGCAACUGAAAAAAAAACUGAAAGGGAAGAGACCAACCACGUAUCGCUAUGAGACUAUCGACAGUAUGGAUGAACAUAUACUUAAUUUGGGAAACAUGCAAGAUGUGAAAAGCAUGAGUGUGGUAAAGAAAGUACGGUGUGAGGCCCUUGCAGAAGAUGACUUAGAUAAGGAUGAUGUUAAGGAUUUGUUAGAACAGUUUUUGCAGGGUGAAAAUGAUGGAUCAAAAUAUUUGCAGGAAAUUUCUUUACCUUUGGGAGUUUUAAUGUUUUCUAAAGAUCAGUUUGAUGUUAUUAAAAAGUACAAGAAAGAUAUUUCAGUUUUGUUUCUCGAUGCCACUGGAUCCGUAGUACGAAGGCCCACAACUUUCAAAUCUGCAAUUUAUUAUUAUGCCGGAGUAGUUAAUAUUUCAGGUACAGUUUUGCCCCUUUUAGAAUUUAUUUCUGCUCAGCACUCUGCAGCAGCCAUAUCAAAUUAUUUAAUAAAAUUUAAGCGUUGCAUUUUAAAAGAGGUAGGUUCAUGGCCUGUGUUCAAUAAGGUUGUUGUAGAUUAUAGUUUUGCGUUAAUGAAGGCCAUAAUGUUAGGUUGGAAUGAAAUUACGCUUGCCAGGUAUCUGAAAGUAACGCAUAACCUUUGCCAAACAAAUGACGAUUCUGCUUUGCAUUCUCUCGUGACUGUUCAUAUUUGCUGCAGUCAUUUUGUCCAUUUAAUAGCAAGGCGAUUGAAAAAAAACAAUACACCUAAGAAAGUUAGGCCAUUCAUAUUGAAAGUUAUAUGCAUGCUCAUAGUUGCGAGAAGUCUAGAUGAGCAAAAAGCAAUUUUUUCAUUAUUAAUAAUUGUACUUACGAACCAUACAGUUACAAAAAAUGUCAUAAUUAGUCUUGAAGCACUGUCUAACAUUUCAAAAAAGGAAAAAGUCCAAAACAUUCUGGCAGAAUUAAUUCCUGAAAGCAUAUCAUUAAAUGUGAGCGUUCAAAAUGACGAUAUAGAAUCAUUUUUUUCAGAAAAUUUACAUAAAAAUAGUCCAUUUCAUAAAGAAUUUAAAGAAAUUUAUGACAUUAUUUUGGAAAAAAAUUCGCAUGCAGCAGAAAGUGCAAGUAAAAAUAUUUAUUUCAUGCCUUCCUUUGGAAAAGAACUAGUUGAUCGGUACAUGCCCAUGUCACCCUUGUGGUCUCAAAUUCUUCCCAACUGUUCUCAACGGUAUAGUAAUUCCAAUGUUGAAAACUGGUUCUUUCAAACAAAAAGUAAUAUCCUGAAUGGACUCACGCAUUUGAAAGUAGGUCGUUUUGUUAGACACAUGUGUGCCCGUGUUAAAGUAAUUUGCAAAAUGUUGAGGAAUGAUAUACCACGAACAUUUGCUAGGAAAAGGAAAGCAAACAGACAAACAACACCAACAAUUUUAGGCUGUAGCGAAGUUAAAGAUUCAGACCCAGAUGAUCCGGACAGUAUCAUUGUCGAAGAAGUUUGGCAAAAAACGUGUAAGAAACCAAAGACGUAUUUUGAACCAAUGUGUGUCGCAGACAGUAAAAUGGCGUUGGUUCCAAGUGUACCCACAAUUUUAAAAUACAAUAAUAAGGGGUCUGUCAAAGCAUGGCAUUAUACUGAUUUAAUGCAAACAUGUAUUGGAUUGUACGGAGAAGAUGUAUUUGCAGAAGAGGAUUUUAAGACAUUGUUUGGAAGUACGUGGUUGACAGGUGCCGCUAUUGAUGCUUGUGUUGCCUUACUACUAACAGAAUUUAAAGCUGAAGAUAUUAUAUACAUACCUGCUGAAUGGCUUGGAAGUUUUGUCAUUUUUGGGCAAAUUCUUGAGCAGGGAGCCGAAAUAAACAACAUUAAAUUAAGCUGUGCUAGUAAAUGCAUCAUUCCGUACAAUACCAAUCAGCACUGGACACUGAUUACGGCAGAUUUUAAGAAAAAAAUAUUUUCCUACAUAGAUCCCAUAGGUGAAGAGGAUAGUGUUUUACCAAACAAGACUACUUCAAAGGCAGAUGAAGCAUUUAAAGUGUUCAAAAAAUUGCUGUCCGAAAGAAAUAAAUUCAGCCCAGAAAAAAUAAAUACAGACAACUGGAAUUCCAGAAGUUGCGCUUAUCACCAAAUUCAAACAGAUUCAAAUAAUUGCGGAAUUUUUGUGAUAUUUUUCAUUCAACAAAUAAUAAAGGGAGCCCCAUUAAAUGAGAAUUUCAAACCAAACAUUAUGCGAAAAGAACUCGUAAAUAAACUAUGUAGCUUUACACAGUCGGGUAAAAAGGUUAAACUCACGCUAGAUAAACUUGAUGUAAAGAAGGACUAUCCUCAUCCAUUGGCUAUGGAUAAUGGUCUCUUUAAUAACACAGAGUACUAUCGUCAUCCAAUAUUUGAAGUUGUAGUAGCUUUGUUCAGUGAUAUCUGCCGGAAUACAAUAAGGGUUCGGGGUUCAGAUUACUGCACUUUUUUUAAUGGGGGUGAACUUACUAACACUGCCGUAGAUGCAGGUAUCUCAGUUUUCAUUAAGAGAUUAAAAAAAUUUGAUAACAUAUUCUACCAAAACAUUGAAUAUAUCACUGUCUUCGAAAGUAACAUAUGUUUAGAUAAACCGCAUACUUUGGAACUUUUGUACAUCAUAAAGCUACGUGAUUUGAACAAAAAGAAUUUAUUAAUAAUGCCUUACUGCGUAAAUGAUAAUCACUGGUGUCUGUUACUGGCAAACUUAAAAUCAUUUGAGCUUUAUCAUUUGGACCCGCUAAAAGGCAAUGGGGGAAACAAAAUUCUGAGUCGAUUUGUUAAUUUUUUGCAAUAUCGAAAUAAACUAUGUCAAACAAAGAUAAACAUUAGUAGAUGGUGUGUCAAAAAUAUAAAUGAUAAUAUUCCAGUACAAAAAGAUAAUGUUAGUUGCGGAGUUUUUGUAAUAUUUUAUGUGUCUGUGUUUUUAAAACAAAAUAAAUUUGAAAGUGAUCUGAAUGUAAAAAAUUUCCGUAAAAUGUUAGCUGAAUCAGUUAUACAGGAUUCUGAUGUAGUCACUGACCUAUGCUUCUAUUGUGGAACUAAAGGAAACCGAAAACAAACACGAUGGAUAAUGUGUCAGAUUUGUCGUAGGUGGGUUCACUACGAGCAAUGUUAUAAAAAUGAUAACAUAAAUUUUGAAGAUAUAUCUAGGCCAGAAUAUACAUUUAUAUGCAAAAUAUGUAAUGUGAGUAACCCAUUUCCGCAAAAUAGUUCCCCAUAGGAUCAUGUUUAUUAUUUUAAAGUGAAAUGUUAAAUUUGCCAUGGCCGAGUGAAAGGGUAACUGCUACAAAUGUUACUCCUAUGCCAAAUGGAGGCGUGUCGUAUGUUAC